GGGGCUGGCUAGCCAACCACACUGCUGCUAGCUCCCACCCCGGAGUACCAAAUUAAUUAAAAUAAACUAAACGGUGGAAUGACACGGCGAGUGAAUCCAAGAUAACUUACCUUGGGCUUGUAGAGCCACUUUCGAAAGCGGUUCAUCGUUACCUCGCCACCUUCCCUUGUCACCGAGCCCUUCGUCUUCUUCUCCGGCGGUCCCUGUGUGUCUUGACAGCCUCGUUCGGCUGCUAAGCUAGCUAGCGACGGUGGCUAAGAAGGCUCAUUCUAGCUUAAGUGUGGCUGUAAAAAUGGCAAAAAACUACGGAUCGCUUAUCAAGGAGGCCAUUGUACUACUCGAAAAGUACACUGCUAGCAAACACAAUUCAGACGAGUUUACUGAAGAUGCAACGAAAGAUCUGCAGGAUAUGGACGUUCUGGAUAAGGAGUUCCUGAUUGAUGUUGUCUCAGGUUGUCUUGAGCAUAAAAGUUUAUUGGACAUUGUCAUCAAUCCCUUCUAUAACCUCGAUGCUAAAAUCAGACGUAAAGAACAUCACUGGCAGUUGUCAGUGAUCUGUUACCUCACAAUAUUCCACCUUGAUGACCUUGGACUCCAGACCUUCAGCAACAUUGUCUGCUCUUUGGAUAUUAAGAAAAUGCACACUUUCAUAAGUUUCCUCUUUACAAACCUCGCCACUUGGAUACAAGAUGAGUGGAGUUGCAUCUAUGAUGUUGAAUAUGUGAGGGAGCGUUGGAUUGGUCCUCUUUUAAGGCGGCGCUCUGAAAUUGAGACGCUCAUGGAGCGGCUCGUCGCCAAAGAGACGCAGUUGCAGAGCAUGCCAGCCAAAACUACUGAGCCGGUGGGAUUCUCUUUUUUAAAACGCAAACCACAUUCUCCACCUCAGCCUCCACGCAGCCCUCUGCUGGAAAAACACAGACCAGUACCAAACAGCACAUACGAUAUUGGAAAAGAGGUUCACAUGAUAGACGAGCUCAAACAAAAGAAUCAUCAAAUGACUGAGGCUCUGCUUCAUGAGGCAACGACGACGCCAUUCAGAUGUGCCAAUCCCAGAAAAUCUGACCACACCAAGAGAGUCAUGGCCCAAAUUAAGGAAGAGAUGGACUCCAAGCUCAAGUUCAGUGCCGUACACAAAUGUGAACGUUCGCCUGCUAAGAAAAUGUGGCCAGUGAAACUCAACAGUGCCACUAUCCUACGCCAGGGGGCACUACAUAACCGUAAGGUGGAGGAGGAGGUGCAGAGAAUAGCCACUCUGGCUGGGGGAGCGUAUGAGCUUUCUCCUUUUCUUCAAUGGCAAAAAGAAAUGCAAGAAAAAGAACGUCGGGAGAAGUUGGCAAGGAUUCAGCAGAAACAUGCGGAAGUUCUGAUGAGUCGUUUUGAGAUGGCACUCAGUCGCGCACAAACAAUGGAACAUAAAAAGAAGACGGCUCUGCUCACAAAAGAAGAGGAAUCUCAGCUGACUCUGAUACGUGCGCAGAAAAAGUUGCAAGACAUGAAAGAAAAGCGAGACAUAGUGCAACAAAUGUCAGAGAACUGCAAAAAGAACCCCAAAGUUGCCAAAGAGAAGGUGAAGAAGUUCAAACAGAGUGUCGUAAAAGAAGUCUCAGGGCACAAUCAGGAGCUUCUUCUUCAAGCGCAAGAGCAAGCCCAGGCAGAGCUCAACCGAAAGUUUCUAACCAUCAGCGAACUCCACGCCAUUGAAUGCGCUCCUCUUAUUAGAUUCAAAUAUUUUGACGACACAGAGAUCGCAGGCCACAACCUGCUAGGAGAGAUGUCCCACGCCGAGUUGAAGGAACGUUUGUUCUACAUGAAGGAAGCCGAGAUGAGCGAGCAGCAGAAAAAACGAGAGUGUAUCCUGGAGGAGAUGGAGAAAAAGAAGCAACUUUUAUUGGACAACGUUGACACCAUCAACCUCCACAAUAGAGCCUUAGCAAUAGCUGCUACUAUCAGGAAAGAGGAGGAGAAAGAAGCCAAGAUGAGAUUGCAGCAGUCUCGAGAGGAGAUGUUUGCGGUUCUGCGAAAGAAAGGUGAAGAGACAAAGCAACAAUGUCAAAAACUAAAAGAAAGUGAACACAACAAGGCCAAACCCUCAAAGCAGGCAUCAUCAUCACCAUCACCAUCACACCCUGGUAGAACCAAAGAAGCCAACCACAAAAAGAUAACCUGGGAGGACUUGGAGCAGCGCUUAGAGCAGUAUGUCGAGAGGAAAGAUCUGACUCUUGUUCCUCGGAGGGGAACAUUUAAAAAGUAAAUUGAGCAAAGUGGCCUCCAGGUGCUUGAUGUCUGCACACUGGAGAAGCUUCAGCAUCAAAAAACAAUAAAACUACAAAAUUACAAUACAAAUAGUUUCAAAACUGCAUCACAGCAUAAUAUAGUAAUGCAAAUAUGCUAUUCCAGGGGCCCUCAAACGCCUCAUAAAAAGGGAUUAUAUUUUUCUUCAAUUCAUAGUACAUAUUAGUGUUUUAGUCUUAAUUCAUGUGCUUAAAAUUACAAUACAAAUAGUUUCAAGUCUGCAUCACAGCAUAAUAUAGCAAUCCAAAUAUCGUCAAACGUCUCAUAAAAAGGGAUAAUAUUUUUUCUUCAAUUGAUAGUACAUAUUAGUGUUUUAGUCUUAAUUCAUGUGCUUAAAAUUACAAUACAAAUAGUUUCAAGACUGCAUCACAGCAUAAUAUAGCAAUCCAAAUAUCCUAUUCCAGGGGCCCUCAAACGUCUCGUAAAAAGGGAUAAUAUUUUUCUUCAAUUCAUAGUACAUAUUAGUGUUUUAGUCUUAAUUCAUGUGCUUAAAAUUACAAUACAAAUAGUUUUAAGACUGCAUCACAGCAUAAAAUAGCAAUCCAAAUAUCCUAUUCCAGGGGCCCUCAAACGUCUCAUAAAAAGGGAUAAUAUUUUUCUUCAAUUGAUAGUACAUAUUAGUGUUUUAGUCUUAAUUCAUGUGCUUAAAAUUACAAUACAAAUAGUUUCAAGACUGCAUCACAGCAUAAUAUAGCAAUCCAAAUAUCCUAUUCCAGGGGCCCUCAAACGCCUCAUAAAAAGGGAUUAUAUUUUUCUUCAAUUGAUAGUACAUAUUAGUGUUUUAGUCUUAAUUCAUGUGCUUUUUCAUGUGCUUUUGUCAGUGCAGUACAAGGAUGUGGAUCUCCAAAUGUCUAAAUACGCACCUGCACAAGGGGCACAACAUAAGGGGUGACGUCAUCAGUGUAUUAUAAUUAGACGUUUGGUGCGUGUUUGAUCUUAUCAAAUGGCAUCACCAACGCGCAAUCACGUUCUCUAAUUAUUUUAAAAUCUAUGACGGUUAACUUAUAAUUUACGAACGGAGCGUAAUGUACUAAGCAGCAUACCAAAACAUG